UGACUUGAAAGGGGCAGAAUAGAGCGCCGCAAUGAAUAUGAAAUCACAAAAAUACAAAUUCUCAAAUCACGACCGUCCGAUCUAUUGACACAUCAUCAAUCCGCGUGAACGCUUGUUUCUACGGCUGAGAUUACAGAAUACAGAGCUACUGGUAGAGCGAACGAAGAACCUUCUCUCUCUUGCUUCUCUAUCUUCCGUGCUUUGAUUUUCCCUGUGAAUUCAAAUUUUGGUUUGGAAAAUUCUUGCAAGGGUUUGAAGAUGAAGGUUAUGGAGGAAGUUGUAGACGAAAACGAAGUAGUUGGUUUGGCUGAAGAAGAUGAAGAUGAUGUCACGGCUGACAGCAUAUCAUCAGAUGACGAAGAUAUUAGUGUCGACGAGGAGGAGGACGAUGACGACGAUGGGGACGAGGACGAAGACGAGGACGACGACGACGAUGAUGGUGAUGACGAUGACGAGGACGACGAUGACGAUGUGCAGGAGGUUGUACAAUCCUCCGGUGGUCCUCCGGUUCACUCAGUAGAUGACGAUGAAGACGAUGACGAUGAUGAUGAGGAUGACGAUGAAGAUGAUGAUGGUGAAGGUGAUGGUGAUGGAGACGACGAUGACGAUGACGGAAGCGACGAAGACGAUGAAGAAGAAGUCGACCCUGAAGAGGAUAUGGGUACCGAGUACCUUGUGCGGCCAGUGGGGCGUGCAGAGGAUGAGGAAGAUGCAAGUGAUUUUGAACCAGAAGAGAAUGGAGAAGAGGAAGGUGAGGAGGAAGUUGAGGAAGAAGAUGAAGACGAUGAUGUUGGUAGCGGGAAGGUGGAGGCACCACCAAAGAGAAAGAGAUCGGACAAAGAUGAUUCCGACGAUGAUGAUGACAACGAUGACGAUGACGGUGGAGAGGAUGAUGAGAGACCAUCCAAGCGAUAGGGGUUGGCCCCUUGUUGGUAUGAGGGCUGACCAUUGACAAAUAGACUAAGAUUGGGAUUUGGCAGUACUACUCUACUACUACUGCAGCUGCUACUACUUGGGAGGGAUCCGAUUGACAGGUGCAGAACAAUCCAGAACGGUGGUGGAAUAUGAAUCCCAUCAUUCAAAGCAAACCCCUUCAUAAGUAGAAGUACCCAACCCAGUAGUUAUUGGUAAAGGUGUUUUGUCCCAUGUAGAAGAUAAGAUAAGGGAGGAUCGCAUACUGUGGACCCCACGUCUCUUUCUCUCGAUCAAUGCCUUCAAAUGCUUCCACCUCAGCACGGCCUGAUUCUUAUUCAUCCAAGCCCAAUUCUCCAAUAUGGGCUUCUUUCGGCCCAUGACUUUGGCAUCACAGUCAAAUCCCAAGAAUCCUUUUUAUUUUAUUUGAUCUUUAAUCAUUGAUUAAUUAAGUUUAGACUAAUUUUCCCUAAGAAAAAAAUGUAUUCAUUUAUGGUAUGUCAUCAUGUCUUUUAAUUACGUUUUAGCUCAUAAAUGGAAGAAGAUGCUAUUAAAGUAGAAAGAGAUUGUGAUGGGAUCCAACCCUAAAAGGCUUAAAUUAUGUUGGUCCCUUCCAAUUGGCAUUGACAACAAUAAGAGUUUGUGUGGUUUCUAAUCUCCAAAACAAUUAGUGAUUUGUACA